AUGUCGAAUGCAGACUUUGGAAACCCAUUGAAAAAGUUCAAGCUUGUGUUUUUAGGCGAGCAAAGCGUUGGCAAGACGUCACUCAUUACGAGGUUCAUGUACGACACGUUUGAUAACACGUAUCAGGCAACGAUCGGUAUCGACUUUUUAUCAAAGACCAUGUAUUUGGAUGAUCGUACUAUUCGAUUGCAACUUUGGGAUACUGCUGGACAGGAGCGGUUUCGGUCCCUGAUACCCAGUUAUGUGAGGGAUUCAUCGAUUUGUGUUAUUGUGUACGACAUCACGAAUCGUAAUUCUUUCAACCAUACCACUAAAUGGAUCGAUGAUGUCCGUGCUGAGCGUGGAGAUGAUGUGAUUAUCGUAUUGGUUGGUAAUAAGACGGAUCUGAACGACAAAAGACGUGUAACAAUCGAAGAAGGAGAGAAAAAAGCCCGUGAAUACAAUAUCAUGUUUAUUGAGACAAGUGCCAAGGUUGGAUACAACGUCAAGUCACUCUUCCGGAAAAUUGGUCAUGCAUUACCAGGAAUGGAUAAUGGCGUGGUGGAGGAACAAAAGGAACAGAUGACUCGUGUGGAUCUUACCGAAACGACCGAUGUUGAUAAACAAGAAAGCAGCUUUUGCGCUUGCUAG